AUGGAUCACACAAACAAAAGUCGCAGUUAUACUAUCGCAUUUAAACUCAACGUAAUCGCUUAUGCAGAAGAAACAUCUAAUCGUCGUGCAGCAAUAUUUCACAAAAUUGAUCGAAGGCGGGUUCAAGAAUGGAGGCAGCAAAAAUCAAAACUUGAGGCUGUUAAAGAAAAUAGAGAUUUGAAUAUAGAUCAAGCAUGCGUUCUUAGUGGUCGAGGUCGAAAACCUAUAUAUCCUGAGCUAGAAAAUGAAUUAGUUGAAUAUAUUAAAAAAAAGAGAAAAGAAAAAAUUGCAGUUACAACUUCAAUGAUCAAAAAAAAAGCAAAGGAGUUAGGUGAAACUUUAGGUAUUAGGGAUGCCAAGUUUUCACGCGGCUGGUGUGAACAUUUUAGAAAAUGGCAUGGUUUGGUAGAACGAACACAAACACAAAUUGCACAAAAAUUUCCUGAAAAUAUGCUUGUAGUUAUUAAAAACUUUCUCAAAAUUUCACAAGAAAAAACAAGUAUUAUUGAAAACCAAUUUAUUAUCUUUUUCGACGAAACGCCUAUGUGGUUCGACAUGCCUCGUAAUUCAACAUAUGAUUUUAAAGGUGUAUGCGAGGUUCCAAUAAAGACUACUGGUAGUGAUAAAUUAUGA